AUGGCAGAACAAAACAGCAGCGUGCGCUAUCACGAGCUGGUGAAUGAAGAGGAGGUGUCCCAGCAGGAGAGCACACAGGACGCCCCCCCACCCUACAGCAGUGUGACUGCAGCUAAUGCAGUUUCUUAUGAAUACAAGGAGGACAGUGGAAGCUUUCCUGAGCCCCCCUCCUAUAGUGUCGCCACUACGUUACCCUCCUAUGAUGAAGCAGAGAGAAGCAAAACUGAAGCCAGUGUCCCUCUAGUCACCGGGAGAGUCACAGAGGAAGACUUGAUCACUCGAGACGACUUUGAAGAUGCUGAUCAACUUCGAAUAGGAAAUGAUGGAAUAUUUAUGCUCACUUUCUUCAUGGCAUUCCUCUUCAAUUGGAUUGGUUUCUUCUUGUCUUUCUGUUUGACCACAUCAGCUGCUGGUCGAUAUGGUGCCAUCUCUGGUUUUGGCCUCUCUCUCAUCAAAUGGGUUCUUAUUGUUCGGUUCUCUACCUACUUCCCUGGCUACUUUGAUGGACAGUACUGGUUGUGGUGGGUCUUUCUAGGCCUGGGCUUCAUGCUGUUCGUCAGGGGUUUCAUCAACUACUCCCGAAGUACUCUUCAUUUAUUAACGUGGUUUUCAGAGUUUGUGAGCUUUGACCAAGCAACCAAGUAA